GGGCGAGCUAAGAUCAAUUGAGACCUUCUGAAUCCACUACAAGCUGCUGAUGCGUCGCGGCACUGUGCCCAGCAAAAAGAACAAGCCUGUCUCGCUCGCCCAAUGGAUUCACUUACUGUCGUUCGCUUCGUCGUCCUUUAUUGAGUAAGAAUAUUCUGACUUUCUGGCAUUUGUACAGACUAGCCGCAAGUUGAUCCGACCCCGAUAAGUCAGCAGACCAAGCUCUGAGCAUCAGUAGCAUCAUGCGUCUACAAGCUGGCUGUGAUCAUCAACUGGCUCACAUCUCAUGGGAUGCUGCACCCCGAAAUGGGUGUAUGGGACUGGGGCAAGACUACCCAAUUAUUGCUCGCUGGGGUCCAUAUCAAGUGUCCACUGGAACUCGCAGCGAGGCGUCAUGCUAUUGCGCUGUGGCCCGCCCGCAUUCCCCAUUUCACUGACCUGGAGUAGUCUUAACGCCAUCUGGCGACCACCAAUCUCAAUGCCUCCAGCCGCUAGGACCAAACCGGCUAAUGGACUGCUCUUGAGUCCUGCAGCUUGUCACUAUGCCCAUCGUUGCUCAAUUUGUUCGUCCAUUUGGUAACUGUCAAAUAUUGAUUGCUGGUAUCAUUCGCCAAAUCACUGGCAGUCUGGCAAAUAAAACACGAGUGACGCUUUGAUGCGGAUUGCAAACCACAGUGGUUACUUUCAUGUGUAUGUGCAACGUCUUUGGGCUUCCGAAGUUGCUGCCCCCGGCUCAGCCGAGUUCAAUAUGUUGGAGCCGGAGCUACCAAGACCAAGCAAGUACCUUGUACCGCGCGUUGGUACGCUGUGGCUGUUCGCUAGGACCGACCCUGCUCGACGGUAGACGUGGGACACGGCCACUUCUUUUCAGCGGUUGUUCAGGCAGCCUUGACUCGUGACGGGCACAGAGCGUCGGCGUUAGCUUUGCCAAGGUGGUUUGGAUGUUUCUUACACUCUCCCUCGUCUUGUGCCGCGGAGUCCCUUGACAAGUCAAACCGAGCACGGUCGACUGCAGUGCAUAGCUUGGUCCUGGUAUUCGGCGACUGGCUUGCACCCCUCUGCGAUGCAGCCAGCCUGGCUGACUGACCUUGCAACAUCAGUGAAGAUUUGCCUUCAGGCCGUAAUCCUGGGUCCCGUCUGUAAAGUUUUAGUAUUGCGGACCACUUUCACUGAGCGGCUUGGUGGCUACCAGGCUAGUGCAGCAUUGGAGCAGCAGGCCUUGGUAGCAGACCCGCCCAAAGACGUUCCACUGGGCAGAUGCAUGGUGUCAAGGGUGACGAAAUCAAACAUUCAUUCAAAGGAAACAGUGCAGCCUGUAAAGCAAAUGGAUGGACUCUUGUCCAACAGGACACGCCAGCUGCAAAUCCCGGUUUUAAAUUACAGGCUCAUAGGCAUCUCAUUCAACAAACCUGACAAUGUUGAAGGCCAAAACUGGCUCCUCCCAGCUUACACCAUGCACACCGGGUACCUCCAUUGCCUAGUUUCGCCCCUGUGACAGCCUUGACGCGACGCCCUAUUUCCGCGCAAGUUGCCUGCUGCAACCACUUUACGCCAUUCCCCCUCCAGGAGACGGCAACAGCGAAUCGCAGCUCGAGGCUGGCAGUGUUACGGCGAGCGUGGGUCAGCAAGACUUGUUGCGGAGUCCAGCAUGAAGCCCCAACCAUGCUCUUACAAACUUGAUAUCCCUCGGCUGGGUAGCCGAAUUUUGCGAAAACCGCACUCGCCAAAGCAGACUCCUUUUGCAAAUGCUGUGCCGCUGUUGGAAACGGAACACGAAAGCCUCUGGUCCCAUUUGGGAGAAGCCGCAUCCAUCACCUUUAUCCAAUAUCGAAACUUGCCGGUCACUGUUGUUCACACACCCUGCUUGACAAUUUCAUACACAUGGGAUGACGAAUUCCUGAUUUGCCACUCAAGAAAAGAGUUAGCAUAGCAGUUUUGUGUCAUAGAGGAAUGGAUAUAUCGGGAGCUUUGCCAGUCCUGUUCGAUACAUGAUCACUGGGCAACAUGGUCGCCUUGGGCUCCGUGAGUCGCUCAACAGUUAACUUGGCAGCAGAUAACGGUGAGAAGCAAUAGUGAGGGACAUUGUUCCAGCAAUUGACGCAGGGGUGUUCGUGCAACACAAGAGCGGAUUGCCCCAGCAGUUGCAAAGGCGCUAUUUUCAGCGUACAGGCACUAGUCAGCUACUGUAAACCCAUCGUGCCACGGACCAGCCGGGUGGAUCUCGACUGCGUCGAGUUUGCUGCUACCACAGCCACUGGGAUAGUCAACGAAACAGUGCGUCUACACGAAAACGCCACCAAAAUGAAGCGGGUUAGGCGGCAAACUCUAUGCCCUCUUGGAUGGGCCUCGGUAUCUUUACCAUUUCUUUAUGGAUACUACUCGCCGCCAAGCUCGAAAAUGUUGGCUUCAAGCUUUGGAUUACCAGUGGUAAUGUAUCCUGGCUUAUAUGGUUGGUAGACGACGCCAGCGCAACACACUAUUGAUUGAUUUGCGCCGGACCAGUGAUGCAUGAAAUGAUGAACGGCGAGCAAGGGUCUGCGGAUAUCUAAUCACACCGACUUGGCCGUUAUUAGUAUUGCGUCCAACCAUCGGGCGUCAGUCUGUAGCUAGGCCUUGCCACGCUAAAUCGAAGUUACCAGAUGUAAAUGAAAAUGUAAGCAGCCAUAAUUGUCGUCUGCUAGACUAAUAACAGAAGCCUAGUAGCUUCGGUACAGUGACGCCAUACCAAACGUGAUGGUCAUCCUGACAUCUGCCGUCUCUUCAUACUCGUAGCGCCUAGGACGGCUUUCCCCAUUCGACAUUCUCCUCUAGAAGAAAACUUCCGAUAAUCUGGUAGACUCGGUCUUUUCAUUCUUGCGCAUCGAUAAUUAACCAGCGCCACCACCUCAACAGUGGCGCUUCACGAGAUUCUCCACUGCCUGAGUCUAAGAACAGCCUGGAUCCCAGAGGAUUGGGUGGCGUGUGUAACAGCGAAAAUAACCCCUUCGUCGUAAUCUACAUGAUGGUCGCUAUUGUUUUGAAUGGACUCUAUGAUCUUUUAAACUAUUCCACGGGAUGAACAGUUGUCACAAGUCAUAUCAGUCGACCACAGGUUCCAUAAGACUCUCCGAAGCACUUGAAGCAACCCAUCUCAUUCGACUUUAUAUACUUUUUUCGAGCUAUUCCUAUGUACUUGAAUCGGGCAUAAACACAUCGUUAAUCCAUUUCAGCUAUUUAGGCUUCUUUCAUUGUUUCAUCCUCCUUUUGUCAUCGAUUUCAUCUGACCGAUCGAUUUAGUUGUCAAGUCCGGGGCAGCUCUCGGAAGAGAUAGACACCUCCGUGUAGGGCUCGGGGAGAGUAUAGAUGAGAUCGAAGUGGUCGCCUGCAAAUUCAAGAUUAGCCAUUUGGUUCUGUGCUAGUUGUCUUACGCUUGAAGCUGGUGACAAACGGCUUAGUGAAGAGGUACAUACCAGGGUACUUGGGCACAUCAUCAGCGCCGAGGGCCUCAGCAACGUGACGAAGCUCCUUGUGCUCCCAAGCAAUGAGAACGUUGCCGCCAGUGUACUGGAGAGCAGCGUUGGCAGCGCACUGCGGGUCAUCGUAGUCGCAAGGAGAGUCGAUGUUGAGGCCGAGAGAGUUGGCAAGAGGGAGAGUGGUGUUGUAAGGGCGCUGGCUCUUGGCAUCUGUCCGCGAGGUUGUGGUCAGCAAAGGCUCAAGCCUUCAGCUACAUUGACACUGCUUUUCCAAAUGCAAUUGACGCCAUGAAGAGUCUUGCACAUUUGACAGCAUCAUCAGUGUCAGUUACAGAGACUUACCGCCGGCGUGGGGGGUCUGGACCAUGAUGUGCUGGAUGUUGUAGCCGCUGUCACGGCCGAAGACGCUGAUGAGGCACUGCUCGCGCUGCAUUCCCUGGGAAGAGAUGGUGCCGUCGUCGUUCUUCUCAGCGUGGCGGAUGAGGAAGAAGGUAGGCUUGGCCGCAACAGCGGUGGUCAAGGCGGCGAGGAGAACGACAGAGAACUGCAUCUUGGAUAGUGGUGGUGAAGAUUGUUGUUUGGAUGACAAGAGCAAAGAGAGGUCAACUUUAGCGCAAGCGGCAGACGAGGGCUUUUAAAUAUCGAUGGGGAUGAGAGCAAGACUUUUUUUGCCGCUACUUCGGCGUUACUACGACGGCAACGGGGUGGAUUCGAGGAUGACUGCAGGCAAGUAAGAUCUUCAGACCAUGAUCCCCUGGUCCAUUUGAUGCCGGCGCUAAGGCAAGCUGAUUCGCAAACCGGGGCGACUAACGUCAGUACGCUGCUUUUGGCCUUCGGUCGGCGAUUUACAAUGGCAAUAGGCUUGCCGCUAUAGCCGUUUAAUGCCUUGGAUGCAGCAUACGUCGCGGCAUGGCCCGUGAAGUCGGUCGUGCUGGCGGUUGAACCUUGUUGAUGAAUUGCAACCCUGCGAGUUUCACAUCGAUGCGCGUGGCUAUGGUUCCUGCGUCGAGCACGUCACGUCACUACCACGUGCGCAAACCAUGUUCUUGAUGCUUUGUCUGAUAUCCCUUUUAACUUUUAACAAAAUUCCAUGUAAGGGGAUUCGCUCAUGCUCAACAUGCCGGCUUUCGCAGCCAAAAUCGAUAGAAUAUCGGAGGGGGCUUGGGAGCCAGAUCGCAUGUGCCGAUGCUGGUUCUAGACCUCCACAGGGAUCCAAAAUCACUGGGAGAGCCACGUGCGCAUAGGUAUUGGCUAAAAUGUGCCUAUAGACUAUGAAAGGAUCGCUUAGAUUUAUUCUAAUCAUUGGCGAAAUCCGCGGUGUUGAUGUCAUUGUUUUUUAAUACAUGCGGCCUGUAAUAUGUUUUGUGAGGUGGUAUUCGGUGAGAGAUUGGGAUGCGGUCUGGUUUGAGAUGCUGCAUCGGACACGUGAGAUUAGUUCAGCCAUCAGCCGAGUGAUUGAAGUCGUUAAUUUUAUUGAUAGUCUGUAUAUACAGACUCAAUAGCUAUUUACCAGCAUAAAGACUUGCAUCUGGUAUCUGACGAUAUCGAGAGGAGCUGUGCAGGGUAGGCCGAUCAACAUGACGGCCAUGCAUAGUAUGUCGCUGGAGGAGCGCUUAAAUCGUCUUUAAUAGGCUAUAACCAGUUGAAACUGGAAUAUAGGUUAGGUUUAUUGCAAGUUUGACACAUAAUAUCGCGUUAUUAUCGGUGGCGGUUGACUGGACUAUAUGGCCAUUAUCUGAAGGCUUCACUGAGUCGAGAAGGGAAGACUGGCCAAUUCCAAUUCGGUAUCAUAUCGCUGAACAGCGUAUCUUCAUCUUUUUUCUUAUAAAAAUCGGGUUAAUAAUAGCCAAGAAUAUAGAUUGUCUGCCGAAGCUGGCAUCAAUAUGGAAUAGAGACCUUAUCGCUUCGGACGCCGUGGGUAGCGAUAUCGACAUCAUUGGUAGCACCUCUAACCGAUCCUCGGCCAAACGCUCCGACUGUGUCCAAAAAUUGCUGUGAGUAGUACCGGAAUUUGUCGUUGGUAAAGGGCGUCAAAGAACAAUUGUGUAUGAUGGCGCCAUAGAACUUAUAGCUCACUCGGGUCAGCCGCGGGGUCGAUCGGCCGUUCGCGGGGCAUUCAGGAACUCUGUCCUGUCAACGACGCCUUUUGCCACAAGACUUAUUUAAUAAACCGCUCACAACAGGAUACUGACCACAUCUCCAUUAGAAACCCUCAUUGCAAAAAGAAAACACACCCUUCCCCCCCAUCGUUUCCAAUCUUACGGCGACACGGCGCAUCAUGAAGCAAGCAUCUACCAACGCUUUGUACCCGAACGAUAUCGUCACCAAGUCGGUGAUUGAGUAUUCAGCAUCGCACUCUACCCCUCUUCCAAAGAGCGUGACAGAUCUACAUGCUGACACAGUGGCCAACCAUGCACGCUCCGAGUAUUUGACGUCUAACAAUCAAUCUCAGUGCCAUGCCUUUAUUGCCAAGUUGAUGGGCGCGAAGCGGGUGCUUGAGAUUGGCACGUUUGUCGGAUACUCAGCCUUGGUAUGGUCUCAUGCUGUCGGGCCCGAAGGCAAGGUAACUACCCUCGAGUUUUCGGAUGAGUACGCUGCGGCUGCUCGGGAUAACCUUGCCAAAGCUGGCGCCAACAAUGUAGAGGUGGUACUCGGCAACGCUCUCGAAACCCUCAAGACGCUAGCCCCCACGGAACCCUAUGACCUCAUCUUUAUCGAUGCCCAAAAGUCGGGAUACCCAGGUUACCUGGAGACAAUUCUCACGCGGUCAGCUCCUGACGCUACAACACGGCUCUUGCGCGCUGGAGGUGUUAUUGUAGCCGAUAAUGUGCUUCGUCGGGCUCUUGUGGCCGACGAAAGCGAGCAUAACCCAUGGUCAGCGGCUGCUUUGGCAUUGGAUAGUACAAAGGCCAAGAGUAAGAGCCGCAGCGAGUAUGAGACGGACCGGGACCUCGAGUCCCUACGUCAGUACAACGACAAUGUGAUUGGUAACGCAAGGCUGGACGCUUUCUUAAUGGCUCUGUAUGACGGCGUCAGCUUCGCUCGGCUACUUGACUAGACGGAUGCCGGAGCUGGGAUGCACGUCGCUCGUGGCUAGAUGAUGGGGGCUGCGGAUUAGGCAGAAUUACACCAGCCCUAUGUAGCAUACCAGACAAAUAUCAAUAUUCACUCGGGUUUAUCAGGGCCAAAGUCUCCAUUGUGGUGUUCCAGGCGUGACUUCCCGAAGGCUGUAAGGGUGAAUGGCAUUAUAGGGCGGCGAUCGCUACGGCAAUGGUAUUGUGACGCAAAAUGUUCGCAAAUACAUCCAAAGACGAAUUAUAAGCGGGGUUGGCCGCAUAAUUUUGAUCCUCAAGGCGCGGACUGAGAAUAUUGCCUCAAAGGGUGUAGUGUGUAAGGCAACAGCCUGACUAUUGACAACUCCGGUACCCCCGAUAGGGAUGAGACGGGAUGGGGAGAGGGUCGAUAUUCAAGCAAGCCAUGAUUCAGGCUUUAGUUUCAAAGAGGUAGUCAAACGUAACCUGAAAAUAGAAGCGGCCUAGGCAGGCAGCACGCCGUUGAUGGGUCUGCCUGCGAUAGCCGACGGGUAGACUCGGUGAAUGGAGAAACGAACCAAUAGUGCGCUGAUCGGAAGUCGGAAGCUCAUGAGACUGGUUGGAAAAAGGCAACUGUUUCGGAGGACGCCGUUUGAGAAUUUUGGAUUGAGGGAGCCAGACAAGGCGGUUUGUUAGGCCAACUUAUCCAAACGGUGGAAGGAUGUAAGUUGGCAUGGAGUAGACGGAGAGGUGCCGGGUGGAGCGGUUGAUUAUCGCUGCAUGCAGCCAGGGGGACCGUUCGUAUUGGACUGUUUUAAUUUAGUCUUUUAUUUAUUCUUACUCCUGUAUGC